UCAAACAGAUGCAGGACAGAUGGAAUCACACUGCAGAGACUACCCGAACUACACUGAAGGAACUCACUACUUUCAUUAAUUCCCAUCAACACUGCUGUGUCUUUCCUGCAAAAAGAGGAAAGAUGUAGUUUCAUGUCCUUAUGUAGAGGAUGUCAGCCGCGAGCCUCAGCAGAUGACCACUUCUCCUCCAAAGAUGCAGGCCGUAGCUGCACCGCUGCAGCAGUUCAUCAGUAAGGUCAAAGACAAUGCCAACGCUUUUAUUUUCAGCGUUUUGGUUUUUUCUUAUCAAGCACUGGAAACUGAGUUUCCGUGCUCUUGCAAACCACAACCCGGCUACUGCUGUGCGUACAUGAUUUUGCCGUGUCUCAUCAUAACCAUCCUAAUGCUGUCGACGGACUUGCCGUUUCAGAGAGCGUGGAACUACACAAGCUCGAAGGGCUCGUGUCACUUUGGCUGCGUUUUGUUCCGCCGCGCCGUCAAAGCGUUGUGCGUGGGUCUGCUGUGGGUCGCGUCCGUGCUCAUCGACGGCGAGUGGUUUGUCUGCUGUUACAAUCAGAAUAACAAACAGGUGGCAGACUUACAAUGCAAAAGCAAGACGGACAUCACACCUGGGGAUACUCCUGUCGUGACCAUCGCGGAGAUGAAGAUGAAUUCAAGGUUGAUCGGCAUGUCUGUCCUCUUCGGUAUCACUUUCAUCGGCGCCAUUCUGCUGUCGACCUGGCCGAUCUGCGCCGACAGCUGCUGCCUGGCAUGUUGCAAGAGAGACAUUGAAGUGCACGAGCUGAUUUUGGAAGCGGGGGAAGACAUCGUGUCGAAGACAAUGAAAGAAGAACAGCAGAGCAAGUUAUCUGCAAACGUGAAGAAGUACAUCAAUCAGGGGAAGUGGGUGAACUGUUUAGACGUCGUUGAAGAGUUCAUUGACACAAUCGGAAGAGACGAGACAAAGGUCCAACAUAAGGUCAGCGUCAAGCAGAGUGAAGACAGCGUUUGACCGUUUACCGAGCUCAUCUGAUUGUAACGUCAGCGACCAAAACUGUUCUCACAUUUAAACAACAUGGUGAUGAUUCACUGUCCUCUCUCCAGAAAUGAAACUUUCUUUUCUGUAUUUUCUGUAACAAAUCUGUCAAAGUGUUAAACAAGCCAAUCAUGUGGAUUCAAUAAAACAGACAGCGUGAAGAACCAUCA